ACCGAGGGUAACCCGCUUAAGUUGAUGCGGGAAGGGGGAGAUGCCAGGAAGGCCUCAAUUGUGAGUCCCUUGGGUGGGGCACCUUAAACAGUGCCGAAGUCGCCGGGGCAAACAUCGCUCAAUUAAGCGGCAAAUUACCCUUCAUCGAACGAUGCAAUGAUCUGUGUGCGGCGAGAGGGAAACCCAGCUAAGGGGGAAGUGCACAUUUGUUGGCAGCCCAAGAAGAGAGAUCUACCCUCUUAUGGAAACGCCCAAAAUGGGGAGAUUCCCCCUGGCAAUAAUCCUCACAGUGGCUGUACUAACGAUGUGCGCCUAUUCGGUGAAGAGGGCCGCCCCCAGGCAGGGUCUCCAUAUUUUGGGGAGGAGAAAGAAAUGCCAUUUUGUGAGACACCCCCAAAGAAAGGACCACAUGAGAAGUGCCAUCCCAAAGGGGAAGGCAAACGUGCAGCUAAGAAUCUACGGAAAGGACCACCGCAACCCCCACCUGGCAUACGAAUACGUAAAUAAAAUAAUUGAAAACAAAAAGUACGAAGUGAGCAAACUGUUGGAAGAAAAUUUUGAGGAGGACAACCCCCUACAAAUAAGAAUGAAAUAUUUGCAGCACACGAUGAAUAAUAAAUUGUCGGAGAGUCUGAAGAGGACGAGUCCAGAUGAGAAGCACAGGUUAUCGAUGGUGGCCGACAUGAAGAGAAAAAUAUUUUGCAGUGUCUCUAGAAAGGAGGAGGGAAGUCACCACACGGCAGAUGAAGUGAUAAGCGAAGAGGGAGUAUCCCAAACGGAGGCCGUCACCGCAAAAGAUACGCAAAAAGGGAGACGCAUCUGGAAGGAAGAAAACUACAUGUAUCAAAAUAACUUCCUCAAUUUGACGAACCCAGGCAAGGUGAGUCUGCUGAUGCACGAAAUUGGCUUCGACGUGUUGAUCGUUAACAUAGACAAUCUGUCCGCCCAGGGGAAUUUAAACGAUUUAUGUGAUGUGGUUAGGAGCGUGAGGAAGUUAACCCGAAACGUUCGCCCCGCAGUGGUGGUAGACGACGUGAUCAUUCACCCUAUACAGAUUGCCCUGGCUGUGGAGAACAAAGCAGAUGGGGUUAUUUUAAAUCUUUCCUAUUUGAAGAAUGACCUUGAAGAUAUGCUAAAUUAUUGUGUUAACCUAGGCACCCAAGCAAUAGUAGAGGUCCACGACUACAAUGAUAUUUACUUUGCCACCCAGUGCGGCAGCUACAUACUCAUGAUAAACGAAUUUGAUUUUCUGAAUAACCAAUAUGAGUACAAUCACGCGAUAAAGGCCAUCAGCUACACCAUCCCAGAAUUAAUUACCAUCGCGAAAAUUAAUGUGGAUGAUUUGAAUUAUGCAACCAAGUUAGGGAGUCUAGGUUAUGAUAGCAUAUGUUUGGAGAGAAAACUUGUGGAUGGUGAUUUGCCCAAUUUCGUUCAGGCUUGUAAGAGCUGGAAUGCCCCCCACAAAACGCUCCUCUAUAUGAAUAGGAACAGCUAUUUGAAAAACUUCCUCACCUGUACGAAUGACCCAUCGGGGGGGGAGACACACCAGGAUAUCACCGACAAUUUGAAGAAAAUCUACGACGAUAAGAAUCUGCAGAAUAGGACUUCCCACGAGCUUUUGAAAAAUUACGAGAGGGAUUUUAUCGAUGCGGUGGAGGAGGGACCACCUGGGCAGUCGAGCGAGCCACAGCAAACACAGCAGGGGGGGAGAGACCCACAAGAAACACAGCAGGGGGGGAGGGACCCACAAGAAACACAGCAGGGGGGGAUAGACCCACGUCAAACGGGAGAUAAACCAAAUGGUAGUAACCCCAUGGCGGGUGAAGCAGAUAAGACAAAGGACAACCUCCUAACGAGUGACGAAAAAAAAAUCGUGCAAAAUUUUAAGAGGGAAAAAAAAAGAGAGCUGUUCCUUCUGAACCAAAUGAAAGACAUCAUAAAGCAAGUGGACGAUCAGUGCAAAAAUUACGACUCCUUUUCUGAAGAGGAAAAUAAAAAGAAGGAAGAAAAAUUGGAAACCCUUUUGGAAAACUUUACCAAAAUGGAUAAGAAAUUCCUAAGAGGGUUCUUUUCAGAUGAAGAAAUUAAGAACAUAGAGAACAGCAUUAAGAAGUCCGUGCAGCAAAAGGAGAAAAUAGAAAAGGGCGAAAUGAACAUUGACGAUAACCCUGUGGCUAGGGACAUGUAUGGCAUUCCCACCACCCAGGGGGAUGACUUUGACAUUUCGAAACUGACCCAGGAGUUUUUUGACAACGGUUCCGGGGGGGAGACACGCCUGGAUGAGGGUUCCCAGAAAUUAGGGGGCGAUUCCCCAUCGGAGGAAUCGCCCGGGGAGUCGUCCAGGGGGGUGGACUCGCAGUAG